CUGCAAAAUGCACUUUACAAUAAAAAGAUGGAAAAACUCCGGCGCAUCUAGCUCCAACUUCAAUUCUUCAGCAAGGCAAUGGAACCAUGCAGUCAUGCCGCUUGCUGCUGCUCAUGGGAGGAAUUUCCCUCCUGAUUCAAGCUUCUAUUGUUAUGAUAUGAAUCACCAUGAUAUGGUUGCCGGCAAUAUCUCUACCUCUCUGGAGAUGGGGAAUUACCACAAUGAUUUCAACUCCAACAGAAGUUCCUUUCCUCAACAUUUGCCUGGCAACUUGCAAUCUUCGAGGGAGUCCGAAGUAGCUACAAUCAAAGAUCUUCCCCUGCUUUUUGGGCUUCUUCAAGCUAUUUGCGCCAUGGGCAUGUUGAUACUUCAGAUGACGCAUCACAGUUGUUUGCUGAAGGUUACUCCUCAAGACAUUCACGGCCAUUGUAUACUCUAGGACUGCGUAGUAGCGACCGAAAUGGGAGAGCUAGGGUAUCUCGUGAUAGGUACAGAUCAUUGGCUAGUGAUGCAGGUUUCCGUGAGCAACUUGCAUCUGAGGUGUGUAUGCUCAUCUUAUACAAGAAAUUGUCAUGUCGUCUUUUUUGAAGGUCUUAGCUCCUGUCUAGGCUCCCUAUAGCAGAUACAAUGUCUUUUGUCAUCAUGACAUUCAUCUAGUUGUCUUGGUUCAUUCCACUGCAUGAAUGUCCAGUACAUUCUUUUUCUUAUACUCUUAUCAAAAAAUGACCUUUCUGCUUCAUUCCACAAGAAUGUCAAAAGUCUUGUUCUGCUUUACAUGUGUGCAUACAUAUUGGUGUAAAUUCUUUUUAGUUAAAUCAUAGAUGCUACCAGGUGUACUUCAUACAAUUCUUUGACCAACUAAUGUUGGGAAUUAUGUGCUUCACUUUGAAAGAUUAACUGGGAAUAUAUAUGCAUGCACACUGUUUUAUGAUAUUUAGGGUUGUGUCAUUAAUUUAAGCUGUUUGACUUGUGAUCCUUCUUAUGUCCAGUCAGUCUUUGAUGAAAUUCAGUCAGAGAUCCUCAAUUUUCACAGCUUAUAAUUUAGUGUUUAUUUUGCUUUUUGGUAUUGACACUUGUUUAUUCCAAUUUGGCACACUGG